CUGUUGGCGUCAGCGUGGCAGGACAGAAGGAGACCACAGCCAUGAAGAAAAUGUUCUCUUGUUCCAGCAACCAAGUGGCGGUCGAGAGCUGGAACAAAUAUGACCAGAAACUUUUCGAUGCCGUGGAGAAAGGGGAUGUCGGGAGAGUUUCCAUCCUUGCUUCCAAGAAGACCGCAAGGCCCACCAAGCUCAAUGCCCUGGGGCAAUCGGCGUUCCAUUUGGCGGCUUCCAAGGGCCUCACGGAAUGUCUGACCAUCCUGCUCGUUCACGGGGUAGAAGUUAACGCUAAGAAUGAGGAUGGCAGCACGGCUUUGCAUCUGGCUACCAUCGCUUGCCAACCUCAGUGUGUGAAGAUUCUCCUGCAGCAUGGAGCUAAUGAAGAUUGCGUGGAUGGGGAGAAUCGCACGCCUCUGCACUGGGCCGCCUCCUCUGGGUGCGCGUCCAGCGUGCUUCUCCUGUGUGACCAAGAGGCCUUCUCGGAUGUCAUGGACAACAAAGGACGGACGCCAUUGAUGGUGGCUGCACAGGGGAACCAGCCGGCCAUCUGCUCCCAGUUGCUCCAGAGAGGGGCCAAGGUGGACCUCACUGAUAAAGACGGAAAGACUGCUCUCAUUCUCGCUUGUGAAAGUGGCAGCACCGAGUCGGUGGAGCUGCUUCUGCAGAAUGGAGCCAACGUGGCGCUGGGUGACCAGACGGGCCAUGACUCCCUCCACUAUGCCACGCAGGCCAAGAAUCGGCCACUGAGGCGACUGGUCCGGAGUGCCCUGAAGAAAUGGAAGAGGAGAGAGCAAGGGUUCGAUUAUUCAUCAGAGGCUGGCUCACAGGUCCCAUCCGAGAGCGGAAGAGAGACAGACGUGAGUAGCCUGGCCCCCCAGAGCGAGAGAGGAGACCAAAGUGACGACGAGGAAGAGGAGGAAGAUCCUGAGCUGAAAGAGUGGAGGAGCAGAUAUCGAGAAGAGAAGAUGAAGGUCAUUCAGUUGGAGCUGCAGCUGGCCCAGAAGAUGAAAGAGUGCGACGCCCUCUCGGAAGGGUGCAAAGGGAUGAAAGAGAGGGUGUGGGACCAGGUGCAGGAGAUCAACCAGCUCCUUCCGGAAGGAGAAGACAAGAGCCAGGACUGGAAGGAGCUGAGCCAGCGGUACAGCCGCGACGCCACCGAGGAAGACUAUUACCUCAACCUUUUGGCCGAGCAAGUGCAAGAACUGAAGAAGAGGAGGAAGCAGCAGGAGGAGGCCCGGGAGAAAGAAGCGCCCAAAAUGGCGGCAACGCAAGAAGUCAAAAAAGAUGAGCCGAAGACCCUUGUAGAGCCAAAGAGUGCUGAGGGGAACGUACGGUGGCCUGGGGAGGAGGAGGAGGAGGAGCAGGAACGUCAACGAGCGGAGCUGAAGCGCCUUCAGGCCGAAGUCGCCGUGGCUCUCGAGGAGAAGGCAAGUGCCGCAAAGAGGGUGCUGGAGAUGGAAGGCCACAUGGAGAACAUGAGGGCCGUGAUUGGCGUCUAUGAAGCCAAGAAGAAGACCCAAAGUGGGACGCUGAAGGAACUGGAAGCUCGCGUCCUGGAGCUGGGCGGUGAGAACGAACAGCUCCGGGGGCUGUUGGCAAAGCACCUGGGAGAGUGUGGGAAAGCAAGGAAAGCCGAGGGCGGAUUUGCCUGUGAGAAGGUGUCUCAGUUCCUGACGGAGAUGGAGGAGGCGUACGCCAGAGUGAAGGAGGAGAACUCUGCGGUGGUGGCUGAAAACCAGGCCCUGAAGCGGGAGGCGGAGGAGACGCUCAGGAGCAAGCUGCAGUUCCAGGCGGUGCCAUCGGGAGCGGUCAAGAGGAACGUGUCUGCUUGGCAGAAGGUCGUCGCGGGCCUAGAGUGUGCCCUGGCGAAGCUGGAGCAGGUCAACUCCACCCUCCUGGAGAAAGCUAGGCCUCUUCGGGAAGCCAUUUUGGCCCCUCCGUCAGGAGUCGUCGUGAUGAAUGGCAACGGGCAUCCUGAAGGAGAGAACGGGGUCUUCCGGGGUGAGGGAAAACUGCCACUGGGCAACUCUAAAGUCCUCAAGGAGCCAGAAAAGGAUGAAACAGGAAAGAACCAGCUCCAUGACGGCUCCGUCGGGCAGGUCAAACUCAGGCCGAAGCCCGACACGGCAGAAAACAAGGCCCGGCCGUGUCGGAAAAGCUCCGAGUUUGAGAAGGAGGUGUGGGACCUCAAACAGAACAACGGCAGCCUCGUGAAGGAGCUGGCACAGCUCAGCAGGGAGAGGGAGAAGCUCCAGGAUGAGCUACGGAGUUUGAAUUCUCCAAAAGAAGGGCCUUCACAGGCGGAGAUGACAGGAGGCCUGGUGGAAGAGUUGAAGCAGACCGUGGAUUCCUUGACCCAGCAGCUCUCGGCUGAGAAAGAGGAAUCGAGAGCGCUGCGCCUGAGCCUGGAGGCCCAGAGGAAGGAGAUGGUGAUGGUGAGGGACAGCUUCCUCAAGAAGAUGACCAAAGAGGCCAGCAGCGUGGGGGGUGAGAACCUCGACAGCUGCAUCUUGAAGGAGCUCCAUUGGAAGCUGGACAACGUGGUGAAGAAGCAAAACGAGGCCUUGCAGCUGGUGUCGGAGAUGGAAGAGGAGAACCAUGCCUUGGAGGCUGACCGGACGCUCCUUGCUGAACAGAACAGCCUCAACGCCGCCACGGCGGAUGAAAAAGCCCAGCAGGAAGUCAUCUCCUUCGAAGCCUCGGACGCCGUUGGAGACAACUUGAAGGUCAGGCAGCGGAUGAGUGAGGCGGAGGAAGGCCUGCAGGAGCUGAAAGAGGCGUUGGAGGUGGCCUGGGGCUCUCUGGGUGGGAAAGGCAAAGAGGUCACCAAGCUGAAGCUGCUGCUGGACCGACUGGCCGCCAAGAUGGCCCAGCUGCGUCGUGAGGAGGAGGAAGCCCUCAGGAAGCACGAGAAGGUCCGCGGCAUGCUGUCCGUCAGGGCCCAAGCCCUGGGCGAGGAGUUGGCGGUACUUCAGGAGAAAUAUGAAGGAGCCAGCGGAGAGGUGGCCCGUCACAAGGAAGCGCUUGCCUCUGAGAGGCAGAAGAACAAGGAGCUCCUAGCUGAGGCACUGGAGCACGAGGAGGAGGUGGAAGAGCUGAUAGGGACCUCUCAGAUGAUGCAAAGCGUGGUGGAGAAGUUGAAUAGGAAGGUAGAGGAGCUGUCCAAGACCUGCCAGGACAGAGAAAGCAAGAUCAAGAAGCUGCUGAAGGAAACGGAGAAGCUUUCAAGCGAAGUCCUCAACCUGCGCAGCGAGCGGGCCCGCCUUCAACUGCAGAACGAGGCGAUUCAGAAGAACCAUCAAGAGAUUGUGGCCAUCUAUAGAACUCACCUGCUCAACGCAGCCCAGGGUUUCAUGGAUGAAGACGUCCACGCAAUGCUGCUCCGGAUCUUGAGGACCAAUGACAGCUGA